AUGGCCAGCCCACCCUCCUCGCAAACGCGACACAGCGCUGUGCUGGCCACCGGCGCUACCAAGUGCUUCCAGCGGGGGUCCCGUCAGCGGAAGAGGGGCCCAAGCUCGGCCCCUCCAACAACUGACACUGGUGCUGGCAGUGGCGCUGGCGCUGGAGCUGUAGGGGGAGGGGCGCAAGGGCGGUACCUCGCGGUACGCAUACAGCGGCGCGGUGCAGGCCUGGGCGAGGUACCGGUACCUGCUGGCGGGCAGCGCUGGCCGGGUGCUGGCAAGCCCUGCCCCGCCAUUGGCCCGGCGUGGCUCGCAGCUGUCGCGGCUCAAGGCUCUGGUUGCCGGAGUCACACGCUUGGCCGUGGCCACGAUAGCUCCAAGCACUAG